AUGCGGUUGCAACGACGUCAACUCGAUAAGACUAGCGAUGCCAUGCCGGAAAGCGAUACUGUCUCAGUGAUUCCCGCCCAGUUGUCCUUCCUCGCCAUCUACAACCCGACCCUCGGACCCACAGACGAGACGAUCGAAGACCAGAUCGUGUUCUACACCUCGAAAUCGGACUAUCUACAGCGUGCCGAGGGCUCUCCCGAUGGCGUGAAAGAUGACAAGCCUUCUGAGGAGGGCAAGAACGGGAGGCUGCGCCAGAUAGGUCUGGCGCAAGGGAUGGUGCAUUUUGCUAGCAAUUUCUCGCCAGAACAGAAAUUGGAAUAUGUCGAGACCGAAAAGACUCGAGUUGUUCUCCUUGAGCUGGAGAAAGACUGGUGGCUCGUCGCUUCUAUCGACCUGACUCGUUUGCCAACUGAGCAAUUCCAGUCUGCUUCCAACAAUUCUCCCGAUACCCAGAAGUUUCAAUACUCGGCGAGGGAGAUGGGGCACCCCCAUCUCCUCAUUCAACAGUUGCGCCGCGCCCAUUCUAUAUUCCUUAUUCUCCACGACCUCUCCUUAAGCGGCCUUUACGAACGUGUUGGCCGAGGCUCAUUUUGCCUCUUCCUUGAGCGGUUCUGGGAGAAGUUCGCAUGGAACUGGGAACUGCUCUUGACCGGAAACCCUAUUGUUGACGUCUACAAUGGAAUUAAACUCGCUGCUGGCGGUGAGUUGGGAAUUGGUGUUGGAGAAGAGGAAUGGGGAAGUGGAGAACGAGAGGUCCUUGAAGAUUUUGUGACUCGGACAGACGGCUUAGUCGAUCUGGUUGUUUCUAGAUUCGGCGAGUCAUCAAAGCUCCCCGGAGACGCUCUGGCGGCACCUGAAUAUAAUGAUGAAAACUCUUGGCUGGGGCUGGACAUCGAUCCUCGACCAGCUGAUGGUGUCAUUUUUUCUGGUAUCAAUUCCAUUUCCCGGAGCUCCGUAGCCCGUGUGUCGCACUGGAUGGAAUGGAUUUAUCGAUAUGGAGAUAAAACCUACGGCAUAGGACGAGAUCCGACUUCUUUGCGCCGACGCAAACCUCGGAGGCAUCGAUUUCCCUCUAGAGCCCGAAACAGUAGCAGUCGUCCAGAUGAUGUGCACCCUUCAUCUCCAGAGCGAAGUCAUACACCCGGUAUACCUCGUCCUCUUGUCAUUGCCGCACCGCAAUCUGUCCCGGAAACUCAUGAAGGGAAUGCUUCAAAGGAUGAUAACGACAAUUCAACAAGCGAUCCCAAGAGCGAUACCUUACCCUUUGGGACCGAUACGGUUAUGAAAUAUCUGACACUGGGGUAUGGCUCAGCGUGGAGUCUUUCAAGCUUGUCAACACCAUCACCUGUAGGCUCACCUGCUCAUGUUCCGGAAGUCGAUAAAUCAUCCACUGGCAUCGCAGAACAGAAUGACCACGUUACCAGCGUUCCCCAACCGCCAAGUACACCAACACCAAAGAAAAAGAAUGGAAGCAAAGACGUAUCAAAAGAGCAUGUCUCGGGUCGUUUUGUUCUAGGCCCUCGUGACGAUUUGGAUACACUGGACGACCUAGAAGAAACUAGUCCAGCAUCCGAGUCGGAUUUGAGCAAACCGAAAACCCAGAUAGUGCAACGGACUCUUCAUCUCCAACUAGCAGGCCCUUCAUGUGAUGAAGGUGAAUCACGAAAGCUUCAAGCCGUGAUAUACGUUCAUCAACCAUUUAUGUUCACAUUUCUCUUCGAUGCAGAUACUGCACCUAUAUCAUCUCCAUCUCUUUACUCCAGUAUCCACCAUCAACUGGGCCCUCUCCAGAAACCAUUACUUUCAUCAACCUCCCCAACAACAGCUGCUACUCGCAUCUCCGCCGAUCCCGCCACGGACCCCAAAAAACACUUCUCCACCCAAACUCAAGCUGCCUUCGAUCUUGUCUACGAUCCAUCCAAUCUCACCAUCCGAUCUUCUAUUCCCAAUGUUCCCAGAUUAGUCUCUUUCUCACAAUCGCCCGAGAUAGGCCACUCUGCCCGUACACCUUCUCCUUCCCCAACACGACCACAAACAACGCAACAAUGGAGCAGAAUAGAAAGUCUCGCAAUUCAUCACCGCCUCCUAACUACAUAUUUAGAUACACGUUCCCGCCCCCAAGAACUUGAACGUACCUGCAAAACAUCCCGUGGCUGGUGGAUUCUCUGGGUCCGCGUUCCGCAAUCCACCACCUUUUCGCCACAGCUACAAGCCCUCUCUUCUGUGUCUUCAUCUGUAGCUCUUUCUUCUGUGGAUCAGACCGAAACACAAAGUUCCCCUUCGUGUACCUUGAUACCUGCGCCAUCUUCGCGACCCCAGGAAGCUUUUCUGGUGCGCAAAGCGAGUGACUAUGUCUCCCCGGCUAGUCAUGGUCGUAUGAGCAGUGGAGCGCGCUUCUUUCGAGACUUGGGCGGUGCCUCAUCUAAGUUUUCGGUCGCGCGGGCAGAGACAACGCCGUCGAAACUGGUGGAGGGCAUCGGACUGGAUGCCCGUCGUUAUGUGGAGGGUUUGCUUCGAUUUAAUCGAUGA